GUUUAUCGUUUUACUUUAGCACAUCUCUAUUGCGUUUUUUAAUGUUUCGGUGAUUUUCUUUUUGUUAAAAAUUUGUGAAAAACAUUUUUAGUAAUAAACAGUAAUACGAUAAUGGGUGAAAGAUAUAAUAUUCAUAGCCAGUUGGAACAUUUGCAAAGUAAAUACAUUGGCACAGGGCAUGCAGACACAACAAAAUUUGAAUGGCUCACCAAUCAACAUCGUGACUCUCUUGCCAGUUAUAUGGGGCACUACGAUAUGUUGAACUAUUUCGCAAUUGCAGAAAAUGAGUCUAAAGCCAGAAUACGAUUUAAUUUAAUGGAACGCAUGUUACAGCCAUGUGGACCACCUCCGGAGAAAGCAGAGGACUAGGUCAUCACUUAGCGGUCUAGUGGAUUAAAAUCCAAAAUUACUAAUGAAAAUGACUUCAUGUUUUUUAAGAAAGUUUUGUUUCAUAUAUUUUCAUUAAAUAUGCAUAAACAUAAAGUAUAUAACAAAGAAA